AUGGGGCCGAAUUUUCCGACGACACUAGAAAAUCUCAAAGAAUACAUUCCACUGCUAUGCCCAAAAGGUGCUUACCACAAAUACGAAAAUCCUUGCAAAUUUGAGAGUUUCGACGGGAUUCGGGUGUGGCCAUGGUCUGACAAGCCGAAGACUCAUGAGGCGCUUGUUGGGUGGUACAAUCAACUUGAGCCGGAAUAUGGAGAUACAUGGAGGAUGGCCAACAUUUAUGAUUUGUUGCAAUUUUGCACCGUAGGACUCGCAGAACACCGAGAUUUGGUGGCAGCAAUGAUGGGAUUCUGGAGCGGCACCAGCAACGUUUUUUGUUUCCUGUGGGGGCCAAUGACACUCGCUCUGUUAGAUGUCUGUGUUAUUACAGGGUUGCAUGCAGUUGCAGCUGUGACCAUUGAUGGAAAGGUGACGGAUGAUGAUACAGUUCUGGCAGCGGCAGGCCAAACUAGGAGUUAUGGCCCUUUCAUCAGUGAAAACAAGGGGAAACUAAGCCACCUGCAUCGUAUAUGUUUCUUAGCUCUGUGGUUGAAUAGGUAUGUAUUCCCUGGAAAAUAUUUUCAGAUGACUAUGGAUUGGUACUACGUUGCCGGUAGAUUAGCUUCUAGAGAACAAUUGAACCUAGCUGAAGCCUUGUUGGCAACGUUAUAUCGCAGUCUGCAUGAAACAUGGCAUAAUCCAGGUUCAACUCUAUUUGGUCCUGUUUGGUUAUUGCAUUUCAGGCUGUAUAUGUAUUUCCCGAAUCUGAAGGCGAAGGGAAUAUAUCUUGUUGAUAGCGGAGAAUCCUUGUGCCUGGUAGUGCAACAGUAUGUGAAACCCAAGUACAAUGGAACUCAAGCUUUUAAGAUAGUCUUUGAAUCAAGUCCAGGUAUAGGUGUGAUGGUGCAACAGCUUCACGAUUGGUGGCAUAAGAGUUUUGGAAAUAUAUAUCAUACUGAAGCUGAAAGUGGCCGGUGGGAUAAUAUUGGCAUAUAUAGAAAUUACCUGGCAAACAUGGUAGCCCACCAAUUUGGAUUUGCUCAGAGCGUGCUACACUUCGAAGUGUCUGGUUGGAACACAGGGAAAUUAGGCAGAGAGAAAUUGACCAUGGGACAGUAUGAAAGCCCAUUCGGAGUUGAAGGCUACUCGUGGAAAAACUUCUCCAAUAACCCCAAAUUCUGUUUUGAUGUAACCCCUGGAUUUGCCGAGUGUUGGGGAGAGCUGGCAAACACUAUGUACGGCUCUGGAUAUGAAGCAGUGAAGACUGCUUUUCUUAUUGGAAAAUACACAAACCCAAAACCCUUGCAGCCGAAGUUGAAGCGGUUCCUAAAGGGAAAGGAGGAGAAUCCAGUGAAUGUUGAUGGCAGUGAUGACCAAUCUAAUGACAAGGAGAGUGACAAAGGUUUUGUUGCCAUUGGGGAGAGUAUUGCCGUUAAGAAAGCUGUGUCGGCAUUUGGUGGAACUAAGAAGAGUGAGAAGAACAAACUAUUGUCAGAGCAACUUGUGGAUCAAGCGGCGAAACUAGAAUCAAAGAUCAAGGAGAAAAUGGCAGAAGAAGCAGAUCUGGUGGCCAAACUUGAGAAGGUUCAGACCAAGAGGGUUGAGCUAGAAUCUGCCUUGGGAUCCAUUGUGACAGAAACUGAUGUCGCACUAAGUGAAUAUGGGAGUAUGACUGAAACAGUUGCAAAACUUCAUCCCAAGUAUCAAGAUCCUCAGCAGAUGGUGAAAGGAGCCCAAGCGAGUUGGAAUUUCCUAAAAAGCACAAUUACUCAUUUAAUGCAGAAUGUAGGAAUAGCUCCAAAUUCUCCUGCGACAAUGGAUCAACUGCAACGGGAUCAACAGAAGCGACCCAGUCGGUGA